AUGCAAAGCAGAUUUGCAAUCAACACAGAAUCCAAAGUAAAACAGAUCCAGACAGGUGGACACAUUAACCCUGCGACAUUUGGUAUUUUUCUGGCAAGGAAAUUGUCUCUAACCAGGGCAGUUUUCUACAUUGUGAUGCAAUGCCUUGGUGCAAUCUGUGGUGCUGGUGUUGUCAAAGGGUUCCAGCCAUCUUUGUAUCAGGUUAAGGGUGGAGGUGCCAAUGUUGUAAAUCAUGGUUACACCAAAGGAGAUGGCCUUGGUGCUGGGAUUGUUGGCACUUUUGUUCUUGUCUAUACAGUUUUCUCUGCUACUGAUGCCAAAAGAAAUGCAAGAGACACCCAUGUCCCUAUUUUGGCACCUCUCCCAAUUGGAUUUGCAGUGUUCUUGGUUCACUUGGCCACCAUCCCAAUUACAGGCACCGGCAUUAACCCAAUUGUUGUUGGAAUUCAAAUUUUUUAUUUUUUCUUGCCCGGGCAUCCACAACUUUGGCCUUCGUCUUCAGAAGCUCAGACUCGAGCCUUGCAAUCAUGUCCGUUCGAAUUGAGCUGUUCUCGCGAGCAUUCCAGAGCUGUACCUCGAGGGCAGAAGCUUUGGCCAAAGCAUCCUUCUUAG